AUGCCGUUUCUAAAGUCCGUCACGCAGCUUCUCUGUCUGGCAAUGGCAGCCAGCGGUGUGGCUGUGAAAAGAGAUACGAAGCCAACAGUUAACCUCGGGUAUGCAUCAUAUCGUGGAACUCGACUCCCAGCUGGAGUUGAUGAGUUCUUGGGCAUGCGAUAUGCCAAGGCUCCAGUUGGAGAUCUCAGGUUUAGAGCCCCACAGAAGCCCGAUUCAGUAACUGGAGUGCAAGACGCGUCCCAAUUUGGCGCACUGUGUGUCGGCACAGGCCAGCAAGUAGGUGCAGGCAUGGAUGAAGAUUGUCUAUUUGUCAACGUGUACAAGCCCUCCAAUGCGACGGCGCAAUCCAAGCUCCCAGUGUGGGUGUAUAUCCAGGGCGGUGGAUAUGCAGCUAUGGGAAACCCCAACUACAACGGCACAGAGGUCGUUAGCUAUUCGGGUGGCAAUAUUGUCCAGGUCAACUUCAACUACCGCGUCGGCGCGCUCGGAUUCCUUGCCAGUGACGAGGUCAGGAAGGAUGGUGAGUUGAACGUUGGUCUCUUGGACCAACGGUUCCUACUUAGCUGGGUGAAGCAACAUAUUAGCAAGUUUGGUGGUGACCCGGAACAUGUUGUUAUCAGUGGUUCAUCAGCAGGUGGAGGAUCCGUAUCUCAUCAUCUCACAGCGUAUGGAGGCAAAGACCAUCAUCGGCACUUUAUUGGAGCGGUACUUGAAAGUCCAUUCUGGCCUACUCUACGAACUGUGGAAGAGAUGGAAUGGCAAUACACUAGGCUCCUGAACAUGACGAACUGUUCGUCCCUAAGCUGUCUCCGAAACUUGACCGCUUCCGCUCUCCAGGCACAAAGCUACGGAACUACGUUUCCUGGGACGCAACCCACGGACCCAAAUCCACUUUUCUACUGGCUCCCUGUCAUUGACGGCGGCUUCGUCCCCGAUCAGCUCUAUAACCUCUUCGAACAGGGCCGCUUCGCUGAUGUGCCACUAAUCGCCGGUCAUACCACAAAUGAGGGCUCAUGGUUUGCGAAUAACGCCUCAACCGCUGACGAAGUCUCAGCCUUCCUCCGCAGCAAUUACCCACAUCUCACAAGCUCUCAACUAGACACCAUCAAUCAGUUUUACCCGAAAAUGGACACCCUGCCCAUGCAUAACCCAUACUUCCCCAGUGCUUCGGCCGCGUAUGGUGAUGCUACCUUUACCUGCCCAUCAAGUAUGCUUGUUAGCUCGGUGGCGCGGUUCUUGGACCCGAAGCGGGCAUGGGGCUACUGGUUUAACGUAAUCGAUGCUGGAAAUACCGCCGCUGGAGUUGGAGUCUUCCAUACCUUUGAGGUACAGGCCGUUUUUGGACCAGGACAAACAGGAUGGACUGUCUGGUCCUUAUACAAUACCAACGCAGCUAUUGUUCCCGUUACCAUGGGCUAUUGGGUGAGCUUUGUACGGGACCUGAACCCGAACACCUACAAAGCAGACGAUGCACCGACAUGGGAACCCUGGGGCGAUGGCUUUGGUCGUCAGAUUCGGUUGCAGACCAAUGCCACUGCAAUGGUAGACAUCGAGGACAGCCAAACACAGAACUGUAUGCUAUGGAAGUCUCUUGCUCCCACUAUGGAGGUCUAG